AUGCCUCAUCUCUUUGAACUCAACGACGACGUCUUCGAAUCGAUUGUACCACUGCUUUCACCGAAGGACGCGUCGCAGGUUGCGAUGACAUGCCAUGCAGGCUACCAGUUGGCGAUGCCUCGCGUCCUUUACGAAGUCAAGUUCACCCUCGCGGCAGAUUCAGCGUCCAUCCUACGCUUUCGCGCUUUCUGCGCAUUCAUGAUGGACGAUGUUGCGCGGAGAUCAUCCUUCCUCCGGAUUAUGGAACUUCAAUUGGAUCAGUAUACACCGUUACCUACUCGCGGCGACUAUCGAAUCGGCAGACAUCCAUUCCCAAACGCCCUGGCGAGUAUUCUGGAGCAUGCUCUGAAUCUUCGGGAGCUCGUUCUCGAAUCCGGCCAUUCACUUCUCGAAAAUCACCUUCGUGUAUGCCGUGCUAUCUCCCGUUUACCUUCCCUAAGGUCACUCAGAAUCAGCGUCUCUCACUCACGGAACCCAGCUCUCACCGCCAUCGUUUCGCGUCCACGCAAACUAGUGCUUGAAUUUCCGCGUCGUUGGGUAAGAAGCCCUGAUACAUACCUUGAAGCCUUGCUUCCUGUCGAUCUCUCGGCGCACGUUGAGGAGUUACAUCUGUCGCUAGUGACGUGGUCUGCGGUAAUGCACGAUGCACGGUUUCCGCGCGUACGCCACCUCACACUAUCAUACACUCUCUCGAUGGCAACCUCUUUCGAUUUCUCGAACGCUUUCCCAGCUCUACGCUCGGUGCACUGGUACGUGUAUAUGGCAUCCUGGCCUUAUAACAGCCCCAUUUGCACGGUCAAGUUACAAUCUGCAUUAGACCAAGUCGAAUACACGGAAUGCAUUUCCAUGCCUCUCAUGGGGAGAGUGCGGCGGCUCACAAUCACUUUGCGCAACCAUUGUGAAGACACAGUUGCCGUGCUACAACAGGCGGCGCCUAUUGUCCUCGAUUGGGGUUUUUAUGAUGUGGACGCCUUUCAGAAAUUACCACUUGUUGCCCCCCAAUUGCGGUUUCUACGUGUUCGCAUUGAGAAAUUCACAAACGAAGUCGGGCCGGAUGACCUCGGCGAGCUGCCGCUCGUAGCGAUCUCAGUUCUGGUGCACGCCAAAAUAUCUGAACUCCAUCAUGAUUCUCAAAUCGCCUCUCGUCUCCUACAAGAAAUUGCUUCUGUCUUACCAUUAGUCAAAUUCGUAGAGGCAAGGUUCGGCAGCCCGACAGAACUGGACCGUACCGCAUGGUUCCGGGUUACUUCGCAUACAGAUCACUGCCAGUCCACGCUAGAGAAACUAUCCCAACGGGAGAGUGACAUGCUGGAGGAUAGACUGCUUGCCAUUCCACGACCAUGA